ACCUCGAAUAAUUAGCAAAAAGGUUAUUGUUUUCAAUUUCUGGUGUUUACUGAUUAAUGUCUUCAGAGGAAUAAUAAAAAUAUUAAAUAAUGAUAUAAGUUAUUGAAUUAAAUGAUAAUUCUUCUGUGUCGGUGUCUUUAAGAUAACGAGCCAACUUUUUUUUAGCACUCCAUAAUUUUGAUAAGUUUUUGUCACUAACAAAAUUAUAAUGAAGUAAUACCUGCCUGCUAAGAUAAUUUGCAUUUGAAAUAAGAUGGCUUUGAAACUAUGGUUUUCCUUCUCUAUACUAUUGGGUGUUUAUGAUUUUGGUUCCACUCAUAUGCUAUUUUUUGAUGAAUAUGAACCAAUAAUUUCCAAGAUAGAUACAAAAUUUUUGAGUCUUGGACUUGAUACCUCCGUAAUUCAAAAUGGAUUCAAGAAAUUUAAUAUGUCGAAUCCAAAAUUGAUAAAAAUGAUAUCACAUUUGUCACCAGCUAAUUUGAGAGUUGGUGGAAAUAUGGCAGAUCGUUUGAUUUUUGUGCCGAGCAAAGAUGAUUCAAAACACAAUUUGAAAUAUUCAGAGCAAAAUCCAGAAUCCUCUGAUGAAUACUGUAAUUAUGUCUCAACACAGAAUUUUUCUAUGUAUGGUCAGGACUGGCUAAUGUUGAAUAAUUUGACAAGAAAAACAAAUUUAGAUAUGGUUUUCGACUUGAAUGCCUUGAGAAGAUUAUCAAAUGACUCAUGGGAUUCAAGAAAUGCUGAAGUUCUCAUAAAUUUUUCCAAUAAAUACGGACUCAAUUUGGAUUGGCAACUUGGAAAUGAACCCAAUUCAUUCCGACAUAAAUUCAACUAUGAAGAACUAGCUUCUGAUUUUCUCAAGCUCAAGAAAAUCCUGAAAAAAUACAAGAGGUAUGGAAGCUCUCUUCUUAUUGGUCCUGAUACUACUAGGCCUGAUAUUUCACACAAAGAGAGCAUGAAAUAUUUGGAAGAAUUUUUGGCAAAGGGCAAAUUUGCUAUUGAUGUUAUUAGUUGGCACCAAUAUUAUUUCAAUGGAAGAACAGCAAACCAAUCAAACUUUCUCGAUCCUGUUAUCUUUGAUAUUCUGAAAUGGCAGAUCGAUGUUGUAAAAUUUAUUCAGAAAAAGACUAAUUCGACAUCUAAAGAGAUUUGGUUAGGCGAGACUGCAUCAGCAUGGGGUGGGGGUUCCCCCAAGUACUCUGACAAAUUCAUUGCAUGUUUCAUAUGGUUGGACAAACUUGGAACAGCAGCUAAAAACGGAAUAGAUGUUGUAGUUCGCCAAUCUAUUUUUAAUGGACAUUAUGCCCUCAUCUCUGACACUUAUGAACCAAAUCCUGACUAUUGGAUCAGCAUUCUCUUCAAGAAAUUAGUUGGGACUCGAGUCAUCUCUUGUUUCAAUUCAACUGGUAGUAGAGUCAGGCUUUACUGUCACUGUUCUAAUAAUAAAGCUCAAGAAAAUGGUUUUCCUUCUAUAACAGUUUAUGGCAUGAAUAUGCAGAAUACAACUGCCAAAAUUCAUAUUAUAGGAUUGGAUAGAGAUCCCAGAACAUCACUAAAAGUAGUUUCUUAUACUAUUUCCAGCAAAGGAUCACUAUUGGGAAAAAAUAUCUAUUUGAAUGAUAAAUUGCUGAAACUCACAUCCACUAAUGAUGUACCACACUUCCAGCCUAAAAUAGUGGAUGCGAAACCAUAUGUGGUCAUUCCUCCAUUUUCAAUAGUUUUUUGGAUUAUACCUAUAAAAAGUCAAAUUUGUAAUUAAUAGGAAAUAAGUUGUUUCCUACUUUCUCGUUCCAGACUAUUAAUGUAAACCCUAAUUUUAUAUUUAACAUUCUCUUUAAAUUAAGAUUAUAACCUAUUCUUCAAAUAAAUUUGUUGUUAUUUUUUUUUGCUAUACUCUGAAUAAAAGAUUCUGGAAAUUUCAAA